CCGUUCCGCCGGGCGGGGACAGCGGGGGAGAAGGGGCAGGAGGAGGCGGCCCCGGCCCCGCCGUUUCCUCCCCGCGCUGUUGUGGUUCCGGGCCGGCCGCGGCAUGGAGCCGCCGGAGGGUGACACCGAGAUGCUGGCGGGACCCGACCCGGAGCUGGCGGCCACCAUGGGCUUCUCCGGCUUCGGGAAGAAAGCUCGCACUUUUGAUCUCGAAGCCAUGUUCGAGCAGACAAGAAGGACGGCCGUGGAAAGGAGCAGGAAGGUCUUGGAGGCUCGAGAAAGAGAAAAGGAAGAACAGGCUGAAAAAGAACUUAAAAGUCGACACACUGAUUCAUCGGCUUCAGCCUCAAGUGCAACAGGAGUUGGGUCCACAUUAAAACCAAGAGACACAGCUAGUAGUGAAAGUGAGGACAGCUCAGAUGAAGAGUUAAUUGGUCCUUCCAUGCAAUCCCAGACUUCUGUUCAAGGUCCAGUUGGUGGUGAUGAUGAUGACGAUGAUGAAGAAUUCAUUGGGCCACCGCUUCCACCUGGCUUCAAGGAUAGUGAUGAUGAUGAUACAGAAGAGGAAGAUAAUAACCCUGUCAAGAAAAUUCCAGAUUCUCAUGAAAUUACGCUCCAACACGGGACGAAAACAGUUUCUGCUUUGGGAUUGGAUCCUUCAGGUGCCCGUUUGAUAACUGGUGGAUAUGACUAUGAUGUUAAAUUUUGGGAUUUUGCUGGAAUGGAUGCUUCUCUCCAGGCUUUUCGGUCACUCCAGCCUUGUGAAUGUCACCAAAUCAAGUCUUUACAGUACAGUAGCACAGGAGAUGUCAUUCUGGUUGUCUCUGGUAACUCCCAGGCAAAGGUGCUUGACAGAGAUGGUUUCCCAGUAAUGGAGUGCAUAAAAGGAGACCAAUACAUUGUGGAUAUGACAAACACCAAGGGUCAUACAGCAAUGCUUAAUUCAGGCUGUUGGCAUCCAAAAAUAAAGGAAGAAUUUCUGACAUGUUCUAAUGAUGGAACUGUGAGAACAUGGGAUGUUAACAAUGAGAAAAAGCACAAAAGUGUAUUUAAGCCACGAUCAGUUCAAGGUAAACGGGUCAUUCCUACAACUUGUACGUACAGCAGAGAUGGUAAACUUAUUGCAGCUGGCUGUCAAGAUGGCUCCAUCCAGAUCUGGGAUAGGAAUAUGAGUGUACAUACGAAGUUCCACUGCAGGCAAGCCCAUGCUCCAGGCACUGACACUUCUUGCUUGGCAUUUUCCUAUGAUGGUACUGCCCUUGCCAGUCGGGGAGGGGAUGAUACUUUAAAGAUGUGGGAUAUAAGGCAAUUUAAAAAGCCUCUUCAUUCAGCUGAAAGACUGUCCAGCUUCUUUCCAAUGACUGAUUGCUGUUUUAGCCCAGAUGAUAAAAUACUUGUCACAGGUACCUCUGUUAAGAAAGGUGGUGGCAGUGGGAAGCUGUUCUUCUUUGAUCGGGAGACAUUUCAGAAGUUGUACGAGAUAGAAGUUACAGAUGCGAGUGUUGUGCGUUGCCUUUGGCAUCCCAAGCUGAAUCAGAUCAUGGUUGGUACAGGAAAUGGAUUGGCAAAAGUGUACUAUGAUCCUGUUAAAAGCCAGAGGGGAGCAAAAUUAUGCGUGGUCAAAACAAAAAGAAAAGAGAGACAAGCAGAGACUCUUACUCAGGAUUACAUUAUAACACCCCAUGCACUUCCCAUGUUCCGUGAACCACGACAGCGAAGCACCAGGAAACAGCUGGAAAAGGAUAGGCUGGACCCCAUGAAGUCUCACAAACCUGAACCUCCAGUAGCAGGACCAGGUCGUGGUGGCCGUGUUGGGACACACGGAGGUACCUUGUCAUCAUACAUAGUCAAGAAUAUUGCACUGGAUAAGACAGAUGACAGCAACCCUCGAGAGGCUAUUUUACGUCAUGCAAAGGAAGCAGAGGAGAAUCCAUACUGGGUUGCUCCAGCAUAUGCUAAAACGCAGCCAAAAACAGUUUUUGCAGAAGUGGAACCAGAAGAUGAUGAAACAGACAAGCCAGAAUGGAAAAAACGUAAAAUUUGAAGAAUUUGGUAUAACGAAUACUUCAAAAGCAUUUGAAACAAAGUGCAGCAUUUUUUUUUUCUUCUGGUUAUUGGGUCAAAAUUUGAAAGCAUAAAAUACUUCAGCUAAUAAAGCUUGCUACAGUGUAAAAGGGAAUGUAUUACAAUAGAUUGUAAUCCCACAUCUGAAUUUAUAAUAAGGAAUGAUUUAUUUUAUGCAAUGGAGAACUCUUCCCUGUCAGUUAUUUAACUUCAUGAUUUAAGUGGAAAAUAUUGGUAUCUAAUUUUUAAUAGAACUCUAGUGAGUCCAGUGUUUUACCAAAUGUUUUUUUUAAAGCCAACUUUACUAAUGCUGUGUCACAACAGUGUACAAUGAUUUCGAGUAUAUAAAUAAAAUAAUGCAGUUUCUCAGGCUUUUUUAAUUUUUUCUAGUAAGGUCUGAUAAGCUAUCCCAAAUAAAGAAAGCUUACACUUUCAUUUAGAUUUACUAAUGUGAAAUGGUCUACUUUAGUUCACUUGUGUUUAAAUUUUAGAAAAAAAUAUCUAGUGUUUAUCCUUAAAUAAAUGACAUCCCUUUUAA